AUUUGAUUGAAGUUGACCUUAACUUGACAGUUGACAUUUAUUUUGGCGGUCAUCAAUACCAAAACUUAGCGAAAGUGUUUCAUUCGAAGUAAAAGCUACUUAAGCUACUGCUCAUUCAUUACGCUUAUACGUUCUUCGUGUUCGUGUGUGUGAGAUGACUUUACUCAGCAGUAACCACUUACUGGCUGAUGAUGAUGUAAAUGAUGGUUGUUUUCCAGUAUUCCGGAGGAAUGGAUGUCUUUGGGUAUGAUUGAAGGGGAACAGUAUCCCUGUCCAGGUUUAGCUUUUAUUCCCAAAGCUGAUACGAAAUCGGCCAAAAAUAGUGCUGACUUGAUGCAGACACUAAAUACUUUGUAUGAGUGGACAAAUGUUGCUGCUAUAAAAUAUGUUGAAAAUACGGACAAAUGGGAAGUAAUGGCACUAGAUGGUACCAAGAGGCAUUAUGUGAUUCCUCGUGUACGCCUCAUGUUCAAAGCGGACGAUCCAGAGACGUUUGCACAACGCAUCAAAUUUGCUGUUGAUCUUAGAAAGGAGGUUGAGAAUAAUCUUAGAUUCUACUUGUACCUUGACUGCUUAUUACUCGAAGGACUGCCUAACAUACCGCGGCAACAUAUGCCGAAAAUAAUAAAAAUGGUAAUCAUUCAUCGGCAGGUGAAGGAAGUAGACGAAGAACAUAUGAAUUAUCUCAAACAUGAGGUGGAACUUCUCUACACAAAGAUGGAAGGAAAGAUGAAGAUAAUCUAUACUAUACAGAAAUACAGAGAUUUGUACAAUUUCAUAGAUGUACCGACACCAGACUAUGUGGCUCCCGUGCCAUUAUAUGGGAGGCUUCCAUGUGUGAUGGAAGAUUUCUCUGGUCGACUGAAAUAUAACCAGUGGUAUUCGUUGUAUGUUCUAACGGAGUCAGUGUCUUGCAUACAUCUGGUCGUCGAUGAGUGUCUAAAGGUUGAAUCAAUGUUGUUCUUCACAGCUAACUAUGGCAGAAACGCUAGUUUAGCAGAAUUUGACGCGGCACAACAACACUGCACCUCAAUGAUGUUAAAAUAUCUCAAUAUAUCCUGGCUGAAUCAGACCGCACAUGCUAUAAGGAUGUCGUUCCGAGAUGUCGGAAAAGGAUGGUUCAACAUAUACGAAAAGAAAUGGGAGUUCUAUGGAGUCAGUAAGCUGUGCAGAUUCAUGCAACUUGUUAGGUUUAGAAUGCAGUAUGCUCUUCGCUACUGCAUAGAACAGUCGAUGGCUAUGUAUCUGAAUAUGUUGGAGACUCCAUGCCUCUGCACCUAUAUCUGUGAAGAUGACUACGAAUGGGACUCUAAAGACCUCAUCAAUUCCCCCUUCCGCUCUCCCACCACCACCCUCUUCUACUUCCAUCUCAUGAUGUCUGUAGACGGACCUUAUUAUACCACGGAUCCAGCUCAAUUUGAGAUUGUUAUUCAAAGACUGUUCCGAGACAUGUUGUACCGCUGCCAUUUCAUUGCACAAGUGCAUCCUAUGAUCAUGACCGGUCUGGUCUUCGAUAAGGAGCUGUUCCUCACGUCUAUUGGUUUGAUGGAGCCAAACGUGGUGGAGACUCGAGAAAGAUUGCUGAAGGCGUACAGGAAAUCCAUUAUUCCCCUCAAAGCGUACAUGAGACAGUAUGCGUGUUAUAGAGAAAUAUACAUGUUGAAUAUUGAAGAGUAUGUGGAAAACUUUCGUGCUGAGAAACAUUCCGCACCUGAGACAAAAGAUGAAGUCCAAAUACAUUAUGAUGCGAAACAAGACCUUAUAUGGAGACUACCUCAGUUCAUAAAUAUCGGGCCGUUUGCUCUUAACGUCGACACUUUGAAGCAACUGUUGGUUACCAAACGGUCGGAUAUAAUAAGGGCGUUGCUAGUUAUGUGGGCUGAGGAGGUGCGACUGGUGGUCGAUGACGUCAUCACUGCGUACAAGACCAUCAUGCGCAAGUUGGGAGAGAAACCGAACACUAUUGAACAUGUGUUUGAGAUUAGAGAAUGGAUGGAGUCUAUACCGUUUGCUUUAAAGACUCAGGACGACAUCAUGAGGAAGGUUCACUCGGAUUAUGAAGUACUAGAACAUUUCUUCAUGCCUCUAGAAAACGAAGACUUCAGGGCUCUUUGGGAAGCUGUCGGGUGGCCACUGCAAAUAACUAAACAGGUGGACGAGACGAUUCUCUUCCUAGAGGAAGAACAGGAGAAGUUCUGGAAGCUCCACCAACAAGAUGAACAAACUCUAUAUGAUAAGAUCGACAUGUUCACCGCUCAGUGUAUGACACUUACUCUACAAAACGACUUCUCUAAGGUGCAUGAGAUAGCAAAUGACAUAAAGAAGGCUUGGAAGGCGAUGAAGGAUGCUCAGGACUGGGGUCGCAUUCUCAAUCAGAGGCAGAAACUCUUCGGUCAACCUGUAGUACCAUUUGCGGAUCUCAACAAACUUGUGAAGGAGUUUGAACCUUAUAGGAAUCUUUGGGUUACUGCAUCAGAUUUCUUGAAAGCUCGCGAAGUAUGGUUGGACAACCCGUUAAUGUACGUAGACGCGGACACCAUAGAGCCGUUGGUUAACGAAUACUACAAGACAAUCGUCAAGUGUGUGAGAGUAUUCCAGGAUAUGCCCAAAGUGCAGCAAGUCGCCGUCACUAUAAGGGAGUACAUAGAUGCCUUUAGGCCGCUGAUACCCAUUAUACAAGCCGUCAGAAACCCUGGAAUGAAGGAUAGGCAUUGGAACGAGUUUAUGGAGAAAGCUGGUAUAACGGUGACUAUGAACGAAAAACAAACCUUCCAAAUGUGCAUAAAGCAAGGGGUGGCCGCUCAUGGAGAGUUGAUCGCGGAGAUUGGGGAACUCGCCAGCAAAGAGUACGUUAUUGAGCAAUGCCUGGAUAAAAUGCAAGGAGAUUGGGCCAACAAGGUUUUGGAAGUCAGCGCGUAUAAGAAUACUGGUACUUAUAUCAUGAAGAUAGCAGAUGAAACUAUGCAAUUGCUUGACGAACAUCUCCUAGGUACUCAACAGUUAGGUUUCAGUCCUUUCAAAGCGGCGUUUGAACUACGAAUCCAGGAAUGGGACGAUAAACUACGAUUGACUCAAAGGGUAGUUGAUGAGUGGAUAGAAUGCCAGAAAGAAUGGAUGUACUUGGAGCCUAUUUUUACUUCGGAAGAUAUUGCUAGGCAACUGCCCAUGGAAACCAAGAAGUACGGCACUAUGGAGAGGAUCUGGAGACGCAUCAUGUCGUCUGCCGCUGCCUGUCCUAAGAUCAUGAUUAUAUGUCCGGACAGUCGGUUGUUGGAUAGUUUGCAAGAAGCCAUUCACUUAUUGGCGGUAGUGUCUCGAGGACUCAACGAGUACCUGGAACUGAAGCGGUUGAGGUUCCCAAGAUUCUUCUUCCUCAGUGAUGAUGAAUUGCUGGAGAUUCUUUCACAGUCUCGCAACCCAAGGGCAGUACAGCCUCAUCUCAGGAAGUGCUUCGAAAAUAUUGCCAAGGUUACCUUCCAGUCGGAUCUCAUGAUCACUGAAAUGCACUCCAGUGAGGGAGAGAUCGUUGAACUCAAGUACAAGUUCCGUCCAACUUCUAACGUGGAACAGUGGCUGCUUCUGCUUGAAGACACCAUGAAGAACACUAUCCGACUGACAUUGGUUGAGGCUUUGGAGGAGUUGUGGUUAAUACCUCGUGUGGAGUGGGUGCUGCGUUGGCCAGGUCAAGUGGUCAUCGCUGGAUCGCAGACCGCUUGGACCGCUAAUGUCGAAAAAGCUAUAGAAGAAUACAGAAUGGAAUUCUACUUUGAAGAAAAUCUGAAACAGCUGGAUACACUCCGCGCUUUAGUAAAAGGAGAGCUGACGUACUUCCAACGCGAGGUACUCUGCGCUCUCAUCGUGGUCGAGGUGCACGCCCGUGACGUCACCAAGAGCUUAGUUGACGAGAAUGUCCGAUAUAACACCGACUUCCAAUGGAUCUGCCAGCUUCGGUAUUAUCAGGUAGUGAAACCUAUGUAUCCCUUGGAGCCGGGUGAGGAGCCGGAUAUCUUCCAGGAUGAGCUAAGAUUAGACACGAGUAGGUACUACCGCCAGUUCAGUCAGAACAGCUGCAACGUGAAAGCCCUCAACUCUGUUUUGCCCUACCAUAAUGAAUACCUCGGUAACAGUGGCCGGCUAGUGAUCACUCCGCUGACGGACCGAUGCUACCUGACUCUGAUGUGUGCGAUGCACCUCAAGUUCGGUGGUGCUCCAGCUGGCCCUGCUGGCACCGGAAAGACUGAGACUACUAAGGAUUUGGCAAAAGCUUUGGCAGUACAAUGCGUGGUAUUCAACUGUUCAGAUCAGCUCGACUUCAUGGCUAUGGGGAAAUUCUUCAAAGGAUUGGCUGCGUCGGGUGCGUGGGCAUGUUUCGACGAGUUCAAUCGUAUUGAUAUUGAAGUACUAUCAGUUGUGGCGCAACAGGUGGCGACUAUACAGAAAGCUCAAAUAUCAAAUCUGGAUAGGUUCAUGUUUGAAGGUGUGGACCUCCCUCUGAAACGCUCCUGCGCUGUCUUCAUCACUAUGAACCCUGGAUACGCUGGUCGUACCGAGUUACCGGAUAACCUGAAAGCAUUGUUCCGACCUAUCGCGAUGAUGGUACCAGAUUACGCCCUGAUCGCUGAGAUCUCUCUCUUCUCCUUCGGUUUCUCUGAAGCCAAGAUCCUAGCUGGAAAGAUUACCACUACUUUCAGACUUAGUUCUGAACAACUUUCUGCCCAGGACCACUAUGAUUUCGGUAUGCGAGCCGUGAAGACGGUGAUCACGGUCGCCGGCAACUUGAUACGGCAGAUGCCCGACGGUGAUGAACGACAGAUAGUUCUCCGAGCAUUGAGAGAUGUAAAUGUACCGAAGUUCUUAGCUAACGAUUUGGUGUUGUUUAACGGUAUAAUAUCAGAUCUGUUCCCACGCGUGGAAGUGCCUGUAGUGGACUACGGUAUUAUGGAAACGUCCAUAAGAAACAUACUCAUCAAAAGAGGAUACGACGACCUUUAUUCGUUUAUAUUUAAAGUGAUUCAGCUUUAUGAGACGACGGUGGUGAGGCAUGGGCUCAUGUUGGUCGGGCCGGCAGGAGCUGGAAAAACUAAGUGUUAUGAGACUCUUCGUGACGCAUUGACUGCAAUCAAGGGGAAGUUGGCUCCCGAUGGGUUUCCAUUCACGCCGGUGCAUACUUUCGUUGUCAACCCCAAGUCUAUCACCAUGGGUCAGCUCUAUGGAGAGUUCGACCUGCAAACCCAUGAAUGGACGGACGGGAUUCUCUCAAGUUUAGUCCGGCAAGGUAUUGCAGUAGAAGAUAUGGACAAACGCUGGUACGUCUUCGAUGGUCCAGUGGACGCCGUGUGGAUUGAGAACAUGAAUACAGUAUUAGACGACAACAAGAAGCUAUGUUUGUCUAGCGGCGAGAUUAUGAAGCUGACUGAACGUCAGCGUAUGAUCUUCGAAGUGGCUGACCUGACCGUGGCUUCGCCCGCCACCGUGUCCCGAUGCGGCAUGGUGUACUUGGACACACAAGUAGUCGGUUUACCACCUCUUGUUAACGCCUGGAUUAAGAGCAAUCUUCCUCCGAUAGCAGAUCCCAUCCGCAAGCUGAUAGUGCCUCUCAUCACAACGUACUUGUACCCUGCACUGGAACUGUUGCGUGCUGAGAUGACGGAGAUCGUGGCCUCCAUAGACUCGGCCCUGGUCCUAAAGUUCCUCGAGCUGCUGGACUUUAAGCUCAGGCCUCUGACUGGAAAGGACGAUAGGCCACCACCACCAGCCAACUUCCUUGCUUUGAUGCCUCGUUUGGCGCCCUUGUGGGUAAUCUGGUCCAUUAUUUGGUCUGUGGGAGCGACGUGUGACCUGAACAGUCGCGGUAUAUUCUCUGAAUUCAUAAGAAAAGCCACUGUCGAAAAUGGACUCAAGCCUUUGUUCCCGGAAGUGGGAAGAGUCUAUGAUUAUACGCUCCAUGAUGGGGGUUUCACAGACCUGACUGAAGACGGCGAACCAGCCCAGCCCUACUGGUACAACUGGAUGGCGAAUAUGGCACCUUACGUAGUUGAUUCCGAUUGGCAGUACGCAGACAUUGAAGUCCCAACGCUGGAUAACGUACGAAGCCAAGCGAUACUAGGCUAUAAGAUCACAAACUACAACCAUGUCAUAUGUGUGGGACCCACUGGUACAGGCAAGACGGUUACCAUCACUGCGAAACUGGCACACGGAUUGCACAAGAAAUUCAUAUGCGAAUUUCUUGUAUUCUCAGCCAGGACAUCUGCUAAUCAGACUCAGGACGUGAUAGAUGGAAAGCUUGAGCGUCGUCGCCGUGGUGUGUUUGGUCCGCCGCCUACCAAGCGCCAGGUGUUCUUCAUAGAUGAUCUGAACAUGCCUGCACUCGAAGUGUAUGGAGCUCAACCUCCCAUCGAAUUGUUAAGACAGUUCAUGGACUUUGGAGGUUGGUACGACCGACACAAUAUCGGUGACUUUAUGACGCUGGUGGACGUGGGUAUCGUAGCGGCGAUGGGCCCGCCUGGCGGUGGCCGCAACCCAGUUACCAUGCGCCUUAUGCGACACUUCCACUACAUCUCCUUCACAGAAAUGGAAUAUUCCAGCAAGUAUGGAAUUUUCGACACUAUCCUUAAAUCUUGGACUCGAAAUUUCGAUCCAUCGAAAGCAAUCAAUCUAAGGGAGGAGCCGUUCCUCAAAGCUUCUUUAGAUAUUUUCAGUGCUUUAGUAGAAGAGUUAUUGCCUACUCCUUCAAAGUCACAUUACACCUUCAAUUUGCGAGACCUUAGCAAAGUAUUCCAAGGGAUGUUGAUGGUAGACCCAAAAUCUGUGAAUGAUGUGGACGAUGUGAUCAGGUUGUGGUACCACGAACACCAGAGGGUGUACCAGGACCGACUGGUCAACGACACUGACCGUAAAUGGUUCACUGACGAGUUACCCGACCUCGCCGUCCGCAGGCCCGUGCUUACCGUGGCCGGAGAUCAUUUCGUGGUCCCCGACGUCCGAAGUGUCUCUCGUGACGAGGGGCGUGAGGAGUUUCGUUCCCUCAUGCGCCUCGCCUUGGGUUUAAUGAAUAACAAGUUACGUUCAGAAUUUAAUACAGAACCAACGGAUUUGUUGGCCAACCGGUUGAUGUUGUUCGGGGAUUUCAUGGACCUCGGCGCUGAUGAUAAGAAGUAUAUCGAGAUUGUGGACAAAGAUGAGUUGGAUUAUGUGUUGGCGCAUUACCUCGAUGAGUACAAUAUAGCGACCACGGCUCCUCUCGACUUGGUAUUGUUCGAAGAUGCCGUGGCCCAUCUCUGCAGGAUAGCGCGCAUCAUGAGACAACCCAUGGCUAAUGCAUUGCUUUUAGGCAUGGGGGGGUCAGGUCGCCAAUCGUUGUCUCGCCUGGCAGCUAACAUGGCGGAGUUGACUUGCAUUCAGAUCGAGAUCACGAAGGCCUAUGGGUUCACGGAGUGGCGCGAGGACCUCAGGUUGACCAUGAUGAAGGCAGGCGCUGAGAAUAGAGGCAUUGUGUUCUUAUUCUCUGAUGCACAGUUAAGACCCCAACAAUCUGGAGAAGCUUGUGGCGGAUUAACGGAAAAAAAUUCCUCGUGGUCGUUCACCUACCCGUUGGCUGAAUGCUGUAAAAAACUCGCCAGCCUGACAGUUCCACAAGCCAUAAAGACCGCAGGGGACAGGGGCGUUUGGAAGAGGGUUGUGUAUCAAAUUAAAAUGGAAUCGUUCCUUGAGGACCUAAAUAACAUCCUGAGUUCUGGUGACGUGCCAAAUAUAUACGAGCCGGAAGAUUUGGACAAGAUAUACCAGUCAGUGCGGCAUGCUGUGAUGGAAAUGAACCUGACAGCUACCAAGACCAACCUGUUUGGUUGCUACCAGAGAAGAGUUAGGAGCAACAUGCAUAUUGUUAUAGUCAUGAGCCCAAUUGGAGAGAUAUUUAGGUCCCGUCUCCGUCAGUUCCCGUCCUUGGUGAACUGUUGCACCAUCGAUUGGUUUAGCGAAUGGCCGAAGUCUGCCCUGGAGUCGGUUGCGCACCACUUCUUCGAGUGUAUGGGAGAACUCACAGAGGCUUCUAAUGAAAUACUCACGUCUAUGGUGUCAGUAUGUUGCUUCGCGCACCAAUCUGUGGUGGAAGCUAGCGAGCUGUUCAAGGAACAGCUAAACCGCAUCAACUACGUGACGCCCAUGUCUUACAUGGAGAUGUUAGGCGCCUACUCUGAAAUGUUCCGUAAGCAACAGAAGGCCAUACUCAAAGAGUCCAGUGCGCUUAAAACAGGGUUGCACAAGUUGAAUCAAACGGAAGUAGAAGUGAAGGAGCUUCAGAUCGAGUUGGCGGAGCUGAAACCCUUGAUGGAGAAGGCGGCUGAGGAGACCAGACAGGUCAUCGAACAGAUCGCCACUGAUACUGCGAUCGCUGAAGAAGCUCGCGAGAAAGUUGAAAAGGAAACAGUGAUGGCGGAAAAACUGGCUGCCAUUAAUGCAGCCAUUUCAGAAGAUGCACAGAGAGACUUGGAGGAAGCAAUGCCAGCGUUACGUGCAGCUGAGAAAGCGCUUCAAGAGUUAAAUCGUAAUGAUGUAGUGGAAGUUAAGGCCAUGAAGAAACCGCCAGCGGGAGUCGUACUGGUCAUCGAGUCUCUUUGUGUUGUCUUUGAUAUCAAACCAAUAAAGGAGCCAGGUGCAACGUUUGGUGAAAAGGUCCUAAACUACUGGAAACCUGGUUCACUAAUGUUAUCUGACCCCACGGCUUUCCUUGAGUCUCUAAUAAAGUUCGACAAAGAAUCAAUUACAGAAGACAUGAUCAAAAAGCUCAAAAGAUUCAUCCAGAACCCAGAUUACGAUCCUGCGAAGAUUUUGAAGGUGUCCAAGGCCUGUCAAUCGCUGUGCAUGUGGGUGCAUGCUAUGUACAAAUUCUACCACGUCAACAAAGGCGUUGCCCCCAAGAAGGAAGCCCUGGCUAGGGCUACUAAAGACUUGCAGGUAGUUGAAGCCAUGCUGGCGUCUGCUAAAGCGAAAAUGCAGGCGUUGCUGGAGGGCAUCGCGAAGUUGAACGCAUACCUCAUUGAGAAGGAAGAGGAGAGGAAACGGAUGGAAGAAGACAUCAACCAAUGUUUGGCGAGGAUGGAUCGCGCUAACAGGUUACUGAAUGGUUUAUCAAGCGAACGCGUCAGAUGGAUCAAGACGAUUAAGGACUUGGACGUCGCCAAAAUUAAUUUGAUAGGAGACAUAUUGCUUAGUGCUUGUGCUGUAGGAUAUAUUACGCCGUUUACAGACGAGUUUAGAAGAACACUUCUUAACGAAUGGAUUGAGCAUAUUCAAUCUGUGGGGGUCCCCCAUACGCCAGGCGCCACGCCUCUUAAAACGCUCGGAGAUGCUGUGCAAAUCAGGACAUGGCAGAUGUAUGGGCUGCCCCGUGACCCGAUGUCGGUGGAGUCGGCGGUGCUGAUGUCGAACUCCCGCCGCUGGCCGCUCAUCAUAGAUCCUCAGACGCAAGCCAAUAAGUGGAUCCGAGCCAUGGGUAAAUUGGAAGGUCUAGUCGUAUGCAAGCCAAAUGACAGAGAUUUACUAAGGAACUUCGAGUCUGCACUCAGAUUCGGCAAGCCAAUACUACUGGAGAAUGUAGGAGAAGACAUAGACCCAGCAUUAGAUCCUGUAUUAAAGCGUCAAUAUUUCCGUCAAGCGGGUCAACUGGUGCUGAAAUUAGGGGACUCCCUGAUUCCGUUCAUGGCUGGUUUUAAGCUGUAUAUCACUACUAAGCUGCCGAACCCCAAAUAUAAGCCCGAGACCUCCGUAAAAGUUAUGGUCGUGAACUUUGCUCUGGUACCCAGUGGUCUAGCAGAACAGCUCCUAUCAAUUGUGGUGGCUCAAGAACGACCUGAUCUUGAAGAACAGCGCGGUCAGCUGAUCGUAUCUCGAGCACAAAUGGCUUCCCAACUUGCUGAGAUGCAGGCAGACAUCUUGUACGGUCUCUCUAACAGUGUUGGCUCGCCUGUGGACGACGUACCGCUUAUCUUGACUCUAGAGGCCAUUAAAAUCAAGAGUGCUGAGAUUCUUAUAAAAGUAGAAGACAUAGAGCGUACAACACUAGAGAUAGACGAAGCACGCAGCGGCUAUGUACCAGUGGCCGACCGCGGGUCUAUUCUAUUCUUCUGUCUGUCCGACAUGGCUAAUGUCGAUCCAAUGUACCAGUACUCGUUAGAAUGGUUCGUCAAGCUUUUUGUGAGGGCUAUGGCGGAAACUGAACCUAAUGAGGAUAUAGUGGAGCGUGUAGACGUGAUAAUAGUACACUUUACGUUCAUAUUAUACCAAAACGUAUGCCGCAGUCUGUUUGAGCGUCACAAGUUAUUGUUCGCGUUCUUACUGUGUGCGCGUAUACUAUUGGAUAAGGGUGUCAUUCGAUAUGAUGAGUUCAAUUUCUUACUCAAUGGAGCGAAACUGGAAACUGAAGAACCGAAUCCGGAUCCAAAGUGGAUAUCUCCAAGGGUGUGGCUGGAGAUACAGCAGUUGGGCACUGUUACCACGAUGAAAGCAAUUAUACAGGACUUCACGAACCAAGCCAAGUUCUUCAGAACAUUUUACGACUCUCACAUUCCUCAUAAGUUGCCGUACCCUAAGCCGUUGGACAGUCAGUACGAUAGUUUCCAGAAACUACUUAUCCUCAAGUGUCUUCGGCCUGAUAAGAUCAUACCAGGGUUCCAGCGUGUAUCAGCUGUCAAGCUGCCUGAUUCGUACCGAAUCUUAGCUUUCCAACACUUGAAUAUGCAAGAGAUGGUUAUCAUUCAGCCUUUACUGACCAGUGGAUGUCUUCGGGCUGACGAUGAUACACUUAUGUUCCAGGACUACGUAAUGAUGGGCCUGGGAGCCAGGUUCGUGGAGCCCCAACCAGCAGACCUGGCGGCUCUCUACGCCGAGUCAGAUCCUCUCGCACCCAUUAUCUUCGUGUUAUCUACUGGAACUGAUCCUGCAGCUGCCGGUCCUGCAAUGCCGAAGCAUGGCGAAGCAUGCCUCCCCAUUGACAUUUACUUUCAAAUUCUAGACUUAUUGAAGUUUGCGGAGAAGAUGAAGAUGGGCAAGCGUUUUGACAGUAUUUCCUUAGGCCAGGGUCAGGGGCCGCUGGCUGAAACUAUGAUGAGAGUCGGCUGUGACUUCGGAAACUGGGUGUUCUUUCAGAAUUGCCACCUGUCUCCAUCAUGGAUGCCAGUUUUGGAGCUGAACGUGGAACAUAUACAACCUGAACUGGUCCACAAAGAUUUCCGUCUAUGGCUUACUUCUACACCGUCACCACACUUCCCAGUCGCUUUACUGCAGAAUGGUUACAAAAUGACAGUGGAGCCACCUAGAGGCAUAAAAGCGAACUUGCUAAAGGCCUACAUGAAUCAAGUACCUGAUUUCCUCGAAUACUUCAACUCACAGGACCCUAAAGUGCCCAAUUUUAAGUGGCUUCUGUUCUCCCUCUGUCUAUUCCACGGCGUGGUGAUAGAGCGUCGUAAGUUUGGACCUCUUGGCUUCAACAUACCUUAUGACUUCACCGAUGGGGACCUCAGGAUAUGCAUUUCACAGCUCCACAUGUUCCUUAAUGAAUAUUCCGAAGUACCUCUUAGGAUGUUGACAUAUACAGCGGGCCAUAUCAACUACGGCGGUCGGGUGACCGACGAUUGGGAUCGUCGAUGCCUAUUAUGUUUGCUAGCAGACUACUAUACUUUGUCCGUUCUUACUGAUCGGUACGUUUAUGAUGAGAGCGGGGCAUACAAACAGCAAAUAUCAUCGGCGAACAUAGAUGACUACACGAAGUAUAUUCGUACUCUGCCUUUGAACGAUGAUCCCGCCCUAUUUGGGUUGCACGCCAAUGCUAAUAUCAGUUACGCUAACGCUGAAACCACGACAUGUCUUACCACUCUUCGAGACCUGCAACCGAAGGAGGCUGUGGCUGCAGGCGGUGCCUCCAUAGAGACAAUAAUCGAACAAGCUGCUAAGGACAUCAUCAAAGUGUUACCCGAGCUUCUCGAUACCGAUCAUAUCUCCAAAACGUCGAACGACAACUCGCCACUUAAAUCCACUGGCUCCUCGCAACUCUGGUGGUCGGUCCACCUAGCGGGAAGCCUGCCCACGCUUCGCCUUCCGGUCCAUGGUCUCCACUCGAGGACUUUCCUGGCCCAUCUGCCAUCAGUCCGUCGAGCGACGUGGCUUGCCCAUCACCACUUCAGUCAUCGAUUUUUGGAAAGAGAUAAUCGGCAUGUCACCGCAUAUCCAGUGUCGUACAAAGAAUCUUUGAAUACUGUAUUGAUACAAGAAGCUAAUCGCUAUAACAAACUGCUGGGCGUCAUAAAGUCCUCUUUGCAGGAUCUCCUGAAAGCCUUGAAAGGUUUGGUGGUUAUGUCCGAAGCGCUGGAGAAUAUGGCUGGAAGUCUAUCCAAAAAUGUUGUGCCCGUGAUGUGGAGCUCUAAAGCAUAUCCUUCAUUGAAACCCCUCGCUGCUUGGGUAAAGGACCUAUGUCUUCGAGUGCUAUUCAUGAAGGACUGGGCAGCACAUGGCAUUCCCAAGGUGUUCUGGAUAUCUGGCUUCUACUUCCCGCAGGCGUUCCUCACGGGAGCUCUGCAGAACUACGCUAGAAAGCAUGUGAUUGCCAUCGACACUGUUGCCUACGCGUUUGAGGCUCUACCACAGCCUCCAACUAAGAAGCCCGAGGACGGAUGCUGUGUCCGCGGGCUGUACCUCGAGGGCGCGCGGUGGAACGCGAGUGAUAUGUCCUUGGAAGAGAGCAGACCUAAGGAACUGCAUAUCGAAAUGGCGAUUUUAUAUAUGAAACCAGAACAAAAUCACCGUCUCCAGCCGAACCUAUACGAGUGCCCGACAUAUAAGACCUUACUUCGAGCUGGUACAUUGUCCACCACUGGACACUCUACGAACUACGUGAUGACCAUCGAACUGACCACGCACAAGCCUCAACAACAUUGGAUCAAAAGGGGCGUGGCCCUGUUUUGUGCUCUCGAUUAUUAGAAUUAGUAUUAAAAGAGAAACCUUUUUUAUUCAUGGUAUAUGCCUGGUAUAUGUAUAUGCUGGUAUAUGACGGAUCACCUGAUGGUAAGCAAUCGGCGUCGCCCAUGGACACCUAGAACACCAGAGACGUUACAAGUAGGCGGGUGGGGGGGGGGCUUAAUUGUGCCUCCGGUAACCUCACUCACACGUGACAACAACUCAAGCGUUGUUUCACGCCGGUUAUUAUGUGAGGCCGUGGUACCUCUCUCGACUCCGGUCGAGCCGGCCCAUUCGUGCUGAAGCAUGGCUCUCUCACACGUUUUUUUGUAAGGAAUGAUGAAUUUUGAUUGCUCUGUUAGCGCAGUGGUUGGGCAAGUGGUUGUUGAGUUUUUUUUUCUAAAACGUUGCCCCACUCUUGGAUUUUCUCCUGUAUCGUGGGUGUGUUUAUAAACAUACAAGUUUACAUACACAUUACACCCAGACCCGAAACAACAUUCUGUGGAUCACACAAAGUAUUGUUCCGUGCGGGAAUCGAUCCCCGCGACACGUUGCGCGGCAGCCAGUUGCCCAACCUCUGCACCAACCAACGCAGUCAAGUAAUUUGUCGUGGAUUCGAUUUUUGGAUCAACUCUGUAUUAUCAACAGAUUGUUCUGGGUCUGGCUAUGAUGUAUAUGUCAAUUGUAUGUUUGUAAACGCUACAUGGAGUUUGGGGCAACGUUUAAAAAAAUAGCCUAUGUCUAUCUGUUUGUUACUUAAUUCACGUCAAACAGCUCAAAGUAUCGGGAUGAGAUUUGGUACAGAAGAUUACGGUCUUGAUUGACAUAUAGGCUACUCUUAACCCACGGGACCGCGGGCAAAGCCAUUGACAUAAGCUAGUUUACGAUAUUUGAGGUUUACACACAACGAAGUAACUUUUUGGUUGAGUAACCAAACGCCACAGACUAGCAACAAGUUACGGGUUCGAUUCCCGAUUUUUUGUCGUAUAAUUAUUCUAUCGGCAUUAUUACCGAUUAUGAUGUAGCGUAAUUGAAUUGAUUACUAAGAUACUCAUUAUUAGAUACGGAAUGUUACUUUCAUUUACUGGUCUCUGCCUACCCCUUUGGGGAAUAAAUGCUGUCAAUGUAUUGCCAGGUGAUCAUCCUCGGUUGUUAUUGUAAUGAAAUAUAUUUGUUAUUGUUAUUUAUAGUAUAAUUGUUAUUGUUAAUUUGUAAUAUUUUUCAAAUAAAUAAUAGAAAAUAA